UUUUUAAUUAUCAUCCAUCAAGUAGUGUGUUGUGCACAACACUACACCUUCAUUCAAUGGAGGAGCGAGUCGUGCUGUUCCUGUCUCUGCUGACGCUACGUCAUGUUAGCAGCCACGUAGUCAACCAGAAAUAUGACACUAUUGUUGUCGGUCUCGGUUCUGCGGGAGCCACAGCGGCAUCGACACUGGCUAAGGCCGGCAAGAGAGUGUUGGCGUUAGAGGCCCAGGACAGGGUCGGAGGGAGAGUCCACACGGUGCAGUUCGGAGAUGGAGUGGUGGAACUUGGAGCAGAAUGGAUUCAUGGUAUCGAGAAGAGUCGAGUGUACGGAACAGCCAUCACGAACAAUAUAACUAUACAGUGCCAAGAGUUCGACGUGAGGGUUUACAGAUCUGACGGUGCACUGGGGAACGCGGGAGUCUUCGAUGAUCUGAUAACCUUCUGUCUGGACGCCAUGGAUGAACCGUCCGGGGAGGCUGAGCCGCUGGGAAAAUAUAUAAGCGGGAAAUUAUUACCAUAUAUGGAAAACAAGUAUCCAGAGUUGCGAAAUGACAAGGAUUUUAUGGAGGAGUUCUUGGACAUAGUGAAUAAGGUGGUGGACAGGCACGAGGGUUCCAACGACUGGAACGAUGCCACCUCCAACAGCAACUACGAAUUAUUAGGAGGCAGCCAGGAAAUGAGCUGGCACAGGCAUGGUUACAAGACCUUCUUCGAGUUAUUACUGAACACUUAUAAGAAUGGCCCAGGCUGGUCCACGUUGGACGUCAAAUUGAACAAAGAAGUGAAAUUAAUAAAAUGGCCGCGAGAUUCGUCUGGAGACGUUGAGGUGACCUGCGCUGAUGGAAGUGUCUUCACCGCUGACAAUGUCAUAGUGACGGUGUCACUCGGAGUGUUGAAGGAGAGACAUCAAGCAUUGUUCUCGCCGGCUUUGCCAGAUGACAAGGUAACAGCCAUUGAAAAAAUACCAAUAGGAGUUGUGGGCAAAAUAAUACUGUCAUUUGCCGAACGCUGGUGGCCAGAAAAGGCGGCUUACAUAUUCCAGUGGCUGAAACCUGAUAAAGAGAAAUACGAAAAGUGGCAGGUUGGACUAAAAGACAUUAGCGCUAUCAAAGGAUCCGACAACACUUUGAAGAUUUGGACUAUAGGAGAGGCGACCAAGUUGAUCGAAACGUUACCAGAGGACGUUGUGAAAGCUAAAAGCAUGGAGGUCGUCCGUAUGUUCCUGGGAAAGAACCUGACAAUACCAGAACCGACGGGAGUGCUAAGAACCACGUGGUUCUCUAAUCCGUUCACACGGGGCUGUUACUCCUACGACAAUCUGUUGAUGGCGAAGCACCCGAGCGCUAGGGCUGAUCUUGGGGCUCCUCUGACGGACUCGGAGGGAGUCCUGAGCGUACUAUUCGCCGGGGAGGCCACUGACUUAACUCAUUUCUCAACUGUCCACGGAGCCAGUGACUCAGGAUACAGGGAAGCCACGCGAUUGUUGUCUUAAACACCAGUAAUGAGAAGAAAAAGACCAUUUUAAAAUUUUUAAUUAUUCAAAAUCUCUUAAAUUUCUACAUUAAGUUUAAAAUAAUGAAAUUAUGUUUAUAAUUGCUUUAAAUAAUUUAAAAUAUA